AUGGGGUCGAGUUUCGUGGCUGGCCAUGGUCCGGCUUUGGUUUUUCUUUCCUUCAUCCUCUAUAUCGUAAUUAAUAUUUACCGCGAACGAAGGAACCCAUUGUCAUCGGUCCCCGGCCCCUUCCUGUGCAAGUGGACGGAUAUCUUCGUCAGAUAUCAAACGGUCAUAGGGAACCGGCCACGAUAUGUGCAAGCGCUACAUCGACAAUAUGGUCCUGUCGUCCGGGUUGGCCCAAACGCAGUCGACAUUGCUGACAUUGCUGGGGUUCGGGAGAUCCAUCGCAUAGGAAGUGGCUUCCUGAAGUCGCCAGUGUACGAACUUCUCAAGCACGACAAUGCAAAAAGUGUUUUUAGUGCUACUGAUCCCAAAUUCCACAGUAAACAUCGCAGGCUCCUUUCGUCGCCCUUCGCAGAUGCAAACUUGCAUUCGCUGGAGCCCUUGAUAGAGGCCCGCAUCCGCUUCACUAUGCAACGCAUGCAAGAGGAGAUGGCCACCCGUAAGGUGGCAGAUGUCCAAAAGUGGUUUUUCUUCAUGUCCAGUGACAUUAUCGGUGAACUGUCCUUCGGGGACUCGUUUCGGAUGUUGGAGCAAGGCAAAAAAAAUCUACACAUCAAAGACCUAGAGAUAGCGGCCUUGGUCGGGGAGUCUCGAGUUGCUUUCCCUUGGCUUUUCAGGCUCGCGGAGUUCCUGCCGCUUCCUCUCCUCAGGGAGGCUAACAAGAGCCGAAAUCGAUUCGUGGACUAUGCUGACGAGUCCAUCAAUCGGUACAAAAGGCUGCUAGACGCUAGUCCAGACAACGUCAAGCCCACGCUUUUCUCAAAACUCUACAACGGUGGCAAGGAAGGAUUGUCUGACGCUGAAAUCCGCGACGAUGCCACUGACCUCAUCGUUGCUGGGAGUGACACCACCGCCAACACUUUGACCUAUCUCACCUGGGCAGUCUGCAAGACACCAGUCAUCCGGCAAGCACUUGUUGCCGAGGUGGCCACACUGCCCGAACGAUUUUCUGAUAAGGAUAUCCGGAAGUUGACCUAUUUGAACCAGGUCAUUGAUGAAGCCUUGCGCCUAUAUCCCGCUGUCCCUUGUGCUCUCCCUCGCGUUGCUCCACCACAGGGGGCAACACUCGGUGGUCACUGGGUCCCCGGAGAGAGCACUGUAACGACGCAACUCUGGAGCUUGCAUCGUGAUCCUGUCGCGUUCCCGGAACCCGAGAAGUUCAAUCCUUCCCGUUGGGCUUCACCAACCAAGGAGAUGAAAGAUGCAUUUAUGCCAUUCGGAGUAGGGACACGUAACUGUCUUGGGUUGCAUCUGGCUCGGAUAGAGCUGCGCUUGGCUACUGCUCAUUUCUUCCGCCAAUUUCCCCGAUCCGAGGUAUCAUCUCGUGAAGGGAUGAGCGAUGAGGACAUGGAGCAGGUUCUGCAUUUCCUUCUAUCAACAAAGGGACAUCGGUGUCUGCUAGAAGUUCAGUGA